AUCUCUUCAUUGAGAGCCAAUUAUCUCGCUUUUGUGUGAGGCCCAAGGAUCACUCAUGCUGCCAGGCUGCACAGAGCACUGUUGGAUCUAGCUGAACGAAUUGUUUUCCCUGUCUCUGUGUAUCAACAUUUUCUGUACAGAACAGAUUAUGACAGCUUCUUUCUUAAGAUUUUCAUUAUGCACUCAGGCCAUAGCUUCCUAAUCAAUAAAGUAAUUCCUACCAUGGGAGAAUGAAAAGGAGGAGAGACUGAAAGUAUAGAAUGCUUAAAUUUUAUCAAAUGAAGCAUAUUUUUGAAAUACUGGAUAAAAUGAGAUGCCUGCGAAAACGUUCCACAGUGUCAUUUUUGGGAGUUCUUGUCAUUUUCCUUCUCUUUAUGAACUUGUACAUUGAAGACAGCUAUGUUCUGGAAGGAGACAAACAGCUUAUAAGGGAAACAUCCACACAUCAGCUGAAUUCAGAACGCUAUGUGCAUACUUUCAAAGAUUUAUCGAAUUUCUCAGGAGCCAUCAAUGUCACAUAUCGCUACUUAGCUGCCACACCUUUACAAAGAAAGCGGUUUCUUACCAUUGGACUGUCGUCAGUGAAACGAAAAAAAGGAAACUAUUUACUUGAGACAAUCAAGUCAAUUUUUGAGCAGUCCAGCUAUGAAGAGCUGAAGGAAAUUUCAGUGGUGGUUCAUCUAGCAGACUUUAAUUCAUCCUGGCGUGAGGUCAUAGUCCAGGAUAUUACACAGAAAUUUGCCCACCAUAUUAUUGCAGGAAGAUUAGUAGUUAUACAUGCUCCAGAGGAAUAUUACCCAAUCCUGGAUGGCCUUAAAAGAAAUUACAAUGAUCCAGAAGACAGAGUCAGAUUUCGUUCUAAGCAAAAUGUAGAUUAUGCUUUUCUGCUUAAUUUUUGUGCCAAUACUUCAGACUAUUAUGUAAUGCUUGAAGAUGAUGUUCGAUGUUCAAAAAAUUUCUUAACUGCCAUCAAGAAAGUCAUUACAUCCCUUGAAGGAACCUACUGGGUAACUCUUGAGUUCUCUAAGCUUGGCUACAUUGGGAAACUUUAUCAUUCUCAUGAUCUCCCACGUUUGGCACACUUUUUAUUAAUGUUUUAUCAAGAAAUGCCUUGUGAUUGGCUACUGACUCAUUUUCGGGGUCUUUUAGCUCAGAAAAAUGUGAUCCGUUUUAAACCAUCUCUCUUUCAGCACAUGGGUUAUUAUUCAUCAUAUAAAGGGACUGAGAAUAAGCUGAAGGAUGAUGAUUUUGAAGAAGAGUCAUUUGACAUCCCCGAUAACCCUCCUGCAAAUCUGUAUACCAACAUGAAUGUUUUUGAAAAUUAUGAAGCAAGCAAGGCUUAUAGUAGUGUCGAUGAGUACUUUUGGGGAAAACCACCUUCAGCAGGAGAUGUCUUUGUGAUUAUAUUUGAAAAUCCAAUUUUAAUUAAAAAAAUUAAAGUGAGUACUGGAACAGAAGAUCGGCAAAAUGACAUUUUGCAUCAUGGAGCCCUAGAUGUUGGGGAAAAUGUUAUAGAUUUCAAACAAAGUAGACAAUGUGUUACUUACUUAAGACUAGGGGAAUUCAAAAAUGGAAACUUUGAAAUGUCAGAGGUGAAUCAAAAAAUUCCAUUUGAUAUACAUUGUAUAAGGAUAUAUGUUACCAAGACACAAAAGGAAUGGCUGAUUAUUAGGAGUAUUAGCAUUUGGACUUUUUAGCCAAUUAAACGGAGAUGUCCAGUUCCUAAAACAGGCUUUCCUGUUUCCUUUUUUGCUACCUUCCUCUUUUGCUACUUUUGUCCUUUGGAGGGAAGGCAAUGGAUGAGACAUUUUAAAAGAAAAGCCUAAGCAUUUUUGCAGUUUUGAUUUGCAUAUUGUCAACAUAAUUUUACUCUAAUACACACUUGAGUUUAUUUUAA